GGCUCAACAGAAGCUGCUGAUGGCGACGUCUUUACGAUUGAGAUGCUCGCCAAGUUUGACGGCACAACGAUGCCGUCGUACAUUGGCAUCCUGGGCAAGGUGUAUGAUGUGAGUGAGUCCAGCAACUUCCAAGCCGGAGGAGGCUACGGGGAUCUGUGGGCGGGAAGCGAUGCGACCUUCGCUCUCGCCACCCUGUCACUGGAGAAGAAGGAUCGGAACAGGCUCGACUGGACCAUGGAGCAGUUCAACGAUCAGCAGCUGAGGGCUCUAGCUGCCUGGAAGAGGUACUUCGAUGUGAAGUAUCCAGUGGUCGGGACCUUGAAGGAGUACCAAGGCCGCAAUGUGCAACUUCCCGAGACAGCGACUGAGGCGGCAGCCCAAGUGCAGCUGCCAGGGAUCUCCGGCAGCGAUGGCAUCGCAGAAGGGACCACGCCACCGCCCAAGAUGCGGCCAACAGCUCCGGUGAUCGGCGAGGGUCCACGAGUCGAGCAGCUUUGA